CAAACGGAGAUUUCAUGGUUGAUUCCAAGUAAGCAUCGUAUUACUGAGCUGCUAGUAGAGGAUGUACACAGGGAGAAUCUCCAUCAAGACCUCCAACAAACGCUCUACAAAGAACGUAAGAAGUUUUGGAUUCCAAAAGGUGGGACAACAGUAAAGAGAGUGUUACGUGAAUGUAGAGUGUUUAAAAGAUGGAAAGGAGGUCCAUUCGUAUUGCCAGCUACGCCACCAUUGCCACUGUACAGAGCUACUCGAGCCUUUCCGUUUCAACGAAGCGGACUGGAUUAUUUCGGACCCAUACAAGUAAAAAGAAUGCAUGCCACGGUUAAAAUCUGGGGUUGCCUCUGGACUUGUUUGGUUACCAGAGCAAUACAUUUGGACACCGUGAGUAGCUUGAGUGCUUCGGAUUUCAUCGAAGCAUUUCGAAGAUUUGUUGCCCGUAGGGGUAUUCCCGAAAUAAUUUUGUCAGAUAAUGCAAGCACGUUUACCGCUGCUGGAAAAGUCAUAGUGGACGAAUGCCAAAAAAGGGAGAUUGAGGAACGAAUGAAAGAUGAGUAUGGUGACGUUGACGAUAGUGAAUAUCGACCACAGAACGAAGUUGAAAUUUUCAAUGAACAGUAUAAAAAAGGUCCAAAAAUAAUCCAUAAGUUUUGGGAUGUUUGGAAGAAGGAAUAUUCGUUGAGUUUGAAAGAACAUCAAAAAAUGGAGCAUCCAAGACCGAGGAUAGUCACGGUGAGAGAACCGGAGAUAGGGGAGAAUAGCAAACGGUGGUUCAUAGUGAUAUUGAUGAUAGACAAACCCUCUGAAGAACGCGGUGAAUUUGGUAAAUGCGCUACAGAACCUCGUCACUAUACUCCCAUAAAACUGGGUAAACACGGGAAUCCUUCCAUCGCAUCGCGUUCGGUCGGGAGUGUCGCGACUGGGAUCGCGAGAAGAUAA